ACCGCGGACCGCGGCCCAUCCACUCUAGUCGUAACUAAUUACUAAUCCCAAAAACAAUCUGUUUGGAUAGUUCCAAUUGCCACGGCAGAAGAGACGACGGCUCUCUCCUCCUCCUCCACCUCCCUCGCCGCCUGCUGCGGACCAGAGUUCCCUCCAUCAUCUCCACCAAUCGCUUUCCUUCUCCGUUUGCCCGGUUUCAGAAAGGUGACAUGGACGCUGCCGACUGUUUCUCCGCAAUUUGGGAAGAGAUUGAUCGUUCAGAGAGCUACCUUGUUUGCUCAAACUAUGAGGAGGCUGCAUCAAUGGCUUCAGCGGUUUUGAAACGAAUACGCGAAAAUGGCGAUGGAAGCAGAGCAUUUGAGCACAAUGAUGAGCUGUUCGAAGUUAUGGAGUCUGCGGGUAUGGUGUUGGUUCAGUCCUUGAACGAACUUGGAAGAGCAUCAAAUAUUUUGAGUGAGCUGAAGGAGCUGUUCGGUUAUCCUGCAGCAGUGCCUGCUGAAGUCCUUCUAACUGGGAUAUGUUUGCAAAUAUCAGCAGGGUCAUUAAUGGGAGUGAAAGAGUUCCUUCAGGACUUCCUUAGCAUAUGGAGUCUUGAGGAUGGAAGAGUUUAUGUUCUUUCCGGAGCAGAUUCCAAUAUGAAGGUCCAUGAGCAACGUGACAGGAGGAAUACAUUGGAUGUUGAAACCUUUUCAGCAGUUGUUGAGCUCUAUGCUGUUACAUUACUUGGCAAGCAUUUGAAAGAGUCGAACCUUGCAAUUUCUUGGCUUGAGAAAGCUGCCUUACCGGAGGAAAAGCGACAGGUGCUCUUGAGAAGAUUGCACUCAAUGUAUUCCGAGAAAACCUCCAACAGGGUCCAGGGUUCUUCAGACUUGCCAGAAGAUAGGGAUAUUCAUGGUUCCUCGUCAAACUUAGCAGAUUUAUCUGAAGAAUCCUCGAAGGCUUCAAAAGCAAACUAUAUGCCGAAUGGGAAAACUGCAAUAAACCAGGCAAUUAAGGACAUUUCGCGGCACAGAAACCAGUCUGUAUGGUGGUGGUUUCGUUCAAUCAAUUUGAAGUUUGGAAACAUGUGUCUGGCUGUAACAAAUGGAAAGAUCGUGCUUAGUUGUCUCUUCGUUCUCCUAUGUUAUCUCGUUCAGAAGAAGCGAGUUGCUUUGAAUGAGAUUGUAAAGAGACGGGUUUUAUGGGUCAAGAAGUCUCUGUUAGACCUGUGGCGGCUUGCAUUUUCGUACCAGGUGAAUCCCUUGGCUGCUGUUCAACCUAUCCCUGCAGCAACUCGGCCAGGACGGUGAUGUUAUUGGCCCCCUCGUUUCCCAUCCUUUGUUUUGUUGUGUGAUUCUCUGUUCUUCUUCCAAUGUGUUGGUCUUUCUAAAUUAGAAUUGCAAUGUCCAGUAGCUAGGAGUCUCAUUGAAGAUGAGAAGAGUUCCUUGUAUGUUACUGGAAAAUGGGAAUAAAGACAUAAGAGCAUCCAAGCUUAGCUCCCCAGACAUCAAUCAGACCCUCCAUUUGCAAAGGAAAGAAGAAAGCAGAGGAAGAAAAAGCAGAGGAGGGAAAGGCUAGAGGAGAAGAAGAAAAUGUCGAGGAAGGUGUCGGAGAAGGAGCACCAGCAAGUGGUUGUGGCAGUGGACAAAGACAAGGGAAGUCAGCAUGCCCUGAAAUGGGCAACCGAUCAUCUCGUUAGCAAAGGCCAAACCAUUGUUCUCCUUCACGUCAAACACCGCACCUCGUCUUCUUCAUCCUCUUCCUCUUCUUCCUCUGCUCCUGCUGCUCUAGAUGAUAACAGAGUCCCCAUUGAUGGCCAGGCCAGAGAGCUUUUGCUUCCUUUCCGCUGCUUCUGCACCCGCAAAGACCUAAAAUGCAAUGAAGUUGUUGUGGAGGACUACGACAUAGCCAAAGCAAUCGUCGACUAUGUGAAUGCGAAUUCCGUCGACGCCGUGGUGCUCGGCAGCGCUUCAAAAGGCGGCCUCGUUAGACCCCGUUACAGGAAAUUCAGGGUGACAGAUGUUCCAAGCAAUGUCUAUAAACUGGCACCAGAUUUCUGUACCGUUUAUGUCAUCAGCAAAGGAAAGAUUUCAUCCGUGAAAACUGCUACCGCGCCUGUCCCUGCAUUGCCUCGACCUACUGCUGCUGCUGCAGCAGCUGCCUCUCCAGCCCCCGGUUUCGCAAAUCCUGAAACGGCUUCCAGGGCUUACCAAAGAGCAGAAAGAUCAGUUUACCCGUCAAGCAAUCAGAAUGAAGAUGAUUUCAUAAGGUCGCCCUUCACAAGAGGAAGAGCUUCAAUAGCCAAACUAGCCGAAUCGCCAAUGCCGGAUUCGGACAUCUCCUUCGUCAGCAGCGGAAGGCCGAGCGUAGACUACCAGUUCGCAAUCAUGAGCGACGGGGAUGCUCCGAGGCUCUCGACCGGUUCGGAUUUCGACACCAGAAGCACCGGAUCGUCCUACUCGGGAAACCGGUCCCUCGAUCUGUCCACCAUCUCCCAGGAAAGUUGCAGACUUUCAUGUUCUUCUCGAAAUUUGGCAACACCUACUAGGCCACUAGACGACAUGGAAGCCGAGAUGAGAAGGCUGAGACAAGAGCUGAGGCAAACGAUGGAGAUGUACAGCUCAGCUUGCAAGGAAGCUCUCUCGGCGAAACAACAAGCCAGGGAGCUUCACCGGUGGAGAAUGGAGGAAGAGCAGAGGCUCGAGGCGGCGAGAUUCUCCGAAGAAGCCGCACUGGCUCUCGUCGAGAAGGAGAAAGCCAAGUGCAAAGCAGCACUCGAGGCAGCCGAAGCCGCCGAGAAAGUCGCCCAAUUCGAAGCUCAGAAGAGACGCGCUGCAGAGUUGAGAGCCAUACAAGAUGCAGAGGAGAGAAAGAAAGCAGGAACAUCUCUGUCCCAAGGCGGUGCCGAUAUUCGGUACAGGAAAUACGACAUCGAAGAAAUCGAAUCCGCGACACAUGACUUCGCGAACAAUUUGAAAAUCGGAGAAGGCGGGUAUGGCCCCGUGUACAGAGCUCAUCUCGAUCACACGCUGGUUGCAAUCAUGGUUCUUCGUCCCGAUGCAGCUCAGGGGAGGUCACAGUUCCAGCAGGAGGUGGAGGUUCUGUGCUGCAUUCGCCAUCCGAACAUGGUCCUCCUGCUCGGAGCUUGCCCCGAAUACGGCUGCUUGGUCUACGAGUACAUGGCCAACGGUAGCUUGGAAGACAGGCUAUUCAUGAGAGGCAACACCCCGCCCCUUUCUUGGCAGCUAAGGUUCCGAAUCGCGGCAGAAAUCGCAACCGGCCUGCUGUUCCUCCACCAGACCAAGCCAGAACCAUUAGUCCACCGCGAUCUCAAGCCCGGCAACAUCUUGCUCGACCGCAAUUUCGUCAGCAAGAUCAGCGACGUCGGUCUGGCGAGGCUCGUCCCUCCCUCUGUCGCCGACUCUGUGACCCAGUACCGGAUGACAUCGACCGCAGGAACGUUCUGCUACAUCGAUCCGGAGUACCAGCAGACCGGAAUGCUCGGGGUGAAGUCUGACAUCUAUUCGCUAGGCGUUAUGCUGCUUCAGAUCAUUACGGCGAAGCCUCCCAUGGGGCUAACCCACCACGUCCAGAGGGCGAUCGAUCAGGGGACGUUUGCGGAGAUGCUCGACCCGACUGUGCCGGACUGGCCCGUCGAGGAGGCGUUGAGGUUCGCCAACCUGGCGCUUCAGUGCGCCGAAUUGAGGAGGAAAGACAGGCCGGAUUUGGGGAACGUGGUGCUGCCGGAGCUCGACCGGUUGAGGACGCUUGCAGAUGAUGUCUCGCCCGCUGGAGGGUUCGGGUUUGGCGGGAGCACGGGGAGCUCGCCGUUGAACAGCCAGAGCAGCCAGGAUGUGUUCAGCGAUCUUCAAUCGGGUUAUGAUAGCUCGAGGAGCCGGUCGAGUACUACAUCAUCUUCCUACGGUGGCAGAAGAUGACGCAUGAUCCGACUUCGGCAAUGACAAUGGUGGAGCUGGAACAUGUUGUACUCUGUUCUAACACUGGAU